AUGAAGGACCUGGUAGCACUCCAGAUGAGCCGACGGCACAGACUGACUGGAUAUGAUACCAUGAAGAAUAAAGACACUGCUCACUCCAACAAACAGAAGAAACACAAUGCCAGCAGUCCCCCCGUCCUGGGCAGCCCUGCAAUCACCACCCAGUGUGCCUCUGCAGUGGAAGAGAAGAAAAUCCCGAACGAUGUAAGGAUCAAGUUUGAACACAACGGGGAAAGACGAAUUAUCCCAUUUGUCCGUCCCGUGCGCUAUGAAGACGUGCAACAGAAAGUGAAAACAGCCUUUGGGCAGCCACUGGACCUCCACUACAUGAACAAUGAGCUGUCUAUUCCUUUGAAAAAUCAAGAUGACCUGGAUAAAGCAGUAGAUCUCUUAGACCGAAGCUCUAAUGUGAAAAGCCUUAGAAUAUUAUUGCUGUCUCCAGACAGAAACCAUACCAGUUCUUCACCCCAUUCUGGACUGCCCAAACAAGUCAGGAUUAAAACUUCCCAAUCUGUGGGGGAUGUGAGCACACCCUAUCAGCAGCCAGAACCCAGAAGCAGGCAUCUGUCUGUCAGUUCCCAGAACACAGGCCGAAGUUCACCACCUCCUGGGUACGUUCCAGAGAGGCAGCAGCGCAUUGCUCGGCAGGGUUCCUACACCAGCAUAAACAGCGAAGGCGAAUUCAUCCCAGAAACCAGUGAACAGUGUAUGCUGGACCCUUUAAGCAGUGCUGAAAACUCAGUAUCAGGAAGCUGCCAGUCCUUGGACAGGUCAGCAGACAGUCCUUCUUUUCGGAAGUCACGGAUGUCCAGGGCACAAAGCUUUCCUGAUAAUAGACAGGAGUUCUCAGACCGUGAGAAUCAGAUCUAUGACAAAGCAGGGAAAGGUGGGACCUACCCUCGGCGCUACAACGUCUCUAUGCAGCACAAAGACUACAACGAUGGCCGGAGGACGUUUCCCCGGAUACGGCGUCACCAAGGGAAUCUCUUCACCUUGGUGCCUUCCAGUCGUUCCUUAAGCACCAACGGGGAAAACCUGGGCCUGGCAUUGCAGUACCUGGACCCCCGGGGCCGCCUGCGCAGCGCCGACAGCGAAAAUGCCCUUGGUGUGCAGGAGAGGAACAUUCCCACCAAAUCUCCGAGUGCUCCAAUAAACUGGCGACGAGGGAAGCUGCUGGGCCAAGGUGCCUUUGGUCGUGUGUAUCUGUGCUAUGACGUGGACACGGGCAGAGAGCUUGCAGCUAAGCAGGUCCAGUUUGACCCAGAGAGUCCCGAAACAAGCAAGGAAGUGAGUGCCCUGGAGUGUGAAAUUCAGCUGCUGAAGAACCUCCAGCACGAACGUAUUGUUCAGUAUUACGGUUGCUUACGGGAUCGAGCAGAGAAGACCUUAACCAUCUUCAUGGAGUACAUGCCAGGGGGGUCAGUGAAAGACCAGCUGAAGGCUUAUGGUGCUCUCACGGAAAACGUAACCCGAAAAUACACUCGCCAGAUUCUCGAGGGAGUCUCGUACCUUCACAGCAACAUGAUUGUGCACAGGGACAUAAAAGGAGCCAAUAUUCUCCGUGACUCUGCUGGGAAUGUGAAGCUUGGGGACUUUGGGGCCAGCAAACGGCUGCAGACAAUCUGUAUGUCUGGAACAGGCAUCCGCUCUGUCACGGGCACACCGUACUGGAUGAGCCCGGAGGUGAUCAGCGGAGAAGGCUAUGGAAGAAAAGCUGACGUAUGGAGCCUGGGUUGUACAGUUGUGGAAAUGCUGACAGAGAAACCACCCUGGGCAGAGUACGAAGCCAUGGCAGCCAUCUUCAAGAUCGCCACCCAACCAACCAACCCCCAGCUCCCUUCCCACAUAUCAGAACAUUGCCGGGACUUUCUAAAGCAGAUCUUUGUGGAAGCCAGGCACAGACCCUCUGCUGAAGAGCUGCUCAGACAUCAGUUUGCACAGCUCCAGUACUGAAUUACCUCCCUUGCUAGCAGCUCCUGCUGGGCUCUCCGUGCCCCGUCUGGUCUAGUUGCAACCGCCCAUUGUGGUGCUGCAUCUUCCAAAUGCCAACUCAGCUGGCCUAGUCCUUUGGGGA